CAGCAUCCCAAGGACCCUUCUCCAACUCGGAGCAGAGGGAAGAGGCUCAGCAGUGCCAAGCAGCGGGUACCGGAGGUGCGGGGGCAACGGGAGCCGCUCAGCAGGGGACGUUGGGAGCGUCAGGAACUUCACCGUGUGAAAUCUCAGUCAAUGCAAGGAGUGGGAACGCGACACAAAGGCACUAAUUAAACACUGCAACGCUGCUGCUCCGGCAUGGAAAAGCAAGCGCUGUGGAAGUGAAACAGCAUCCGCCCUUUCAGACCUCCUGUGAAUAGCAGACCAGGCACCAAGCUCCCUCCCUGACCUCCUUGUUCCUGCAGACCCAGGAGGACUCCUGCUGCAGACGGUUCCACUGGAGACGCUUGACUUCCCCAGCAAAGAAAAGCCAAAGCUCACCGGGAUGCUCUCCAAGUUCCUUGACUGAUGGCAGGAGUUAUAAUCCUCAUUUCUUUCAUUCAUGGAGUGUGUUUCAAUAGGGCUUUUUCCUCCUGACCACUUCAAGUUCUGACUUCUCCAAUGGUGGGUGACAGCAGAGGUAAGUUGUAUGGCCCAUGCUGCCCCACAACCCACUCCUUGGAAGUCAUCCACUUCUCAAUGGAGUAGCAGCUGCUUCUCAUGCAAGAAGAGGCUCUCUUCUGGGCUAGCGAGGCUUUUAAUGACCACCCAGGGUGGUUUAUGACCAGGAGGCAUGGGAAACAACUCUCUUUGGGACGAUCCGAACAGCACCUGCAGCAAUGCAGGCAACAGCUGCUACCUGGACAACAGCAUGAGCUUCAACUUAACCUUCCAAGAGCAGGCAGCCGAUUUCUACGUUGUCCUCCCCGUGAUUUACUCUGUGAUCUGUGCUGUUGGGCUCACAGGCAACACUGCCGUCAUCUACGUGAUCCUCAAGGCCCCCAAGAUGAAGACUGUGACAAACAUGUUCAUCCUGAACCUUGCUAUAGCUGAUGACUUGUUCACACUUGUCCUGCCCAUUAAUAUUGCUGAACACCUCCUUCACUACUGGCCCUUUGGAGAAGUCCUCUGCAAGGUCAUCUUGUCCAUAGACCACUACAAUAUCUUCUCCAGCAUUUACUUCCUGACAGUGAUGAGCAUAGACAGGUACCUGGUCGUCCUGGCUACAGUCAGGUCCAAAAGGAUGCCACAUCGCACGUACCGAGCGGCCAGGAUUGUCAGUUUGUGCAUCUGGAUCCUAGUCACCAUCAUAGUUCUCCCUUUCAUCAUCUUUGCCAACGUCUACAUAGAUGACCUGGAGAUCAAGAGUUGUGGUCUCAACUUCCCCAAGCCCGAAAGGUUCUGGUUCAAAGCCAGCAGGAUCUAUACCCUCAUCCUUGGCUUUGCCAUUCCAGUAUCCACCAUCUGCAUCCUCUACACCAUGAUGCUCUACAAGCUAAGGAACAUGCACUUGAACUCUAAUGCUAAAGCCCUGGACAAAGCCAAGAAGAAAGUCACUAUCAUGGUCUUCAUAGUCCUGGCCGUGUGUCUCUUCUGUUGGACCCCCUUCCACUUGGCCACCAUUGUGGCUUUGACCACUGACUUGCCCCAGACCUCCAUGGUCAUUGGCAUAUCCUACUUCAUCACCAGCCUAAGCUAUGCCAACUCCUGCCUGAACCCAUUCCUGUACGCUUUCCUGGAUGACAGCUUCCGGAAGAGUUUCCGGAAGAUGCUGGAAUGCAGAACUUCCUGAACAACGGAUUGAGGCCCAGAUCCCCUCCCUCCCAUGGCUUUGAAGGGCAGCUUUGCAGACUAAGGGGUGGUCAAUGAACGCACAGUGUUCUUUCUUUCAUUUACAUGGAAUGGAUGUGUUUGUGUCAUCCCCACUCACAUGGUUUGUCCUGCUUACUUGCAGCUCUUGCCUUUUCCCUCUCUGUACCUCCCAAUGUCUCAAAGCACCAUUUCUACAGCGUUAGUUUUAAUCUCACACUCUGAAGCGUUAAGGGCAGAAAAGGUCCUUUUCAGAGGCACAUCUACUGCACUGUGGUCCUUUAUUGCCAUCUGCUGUACGGCACAGACAACUGGAGAAGGGUUCUCAGACUAAUAUCAUGCUCAGUCCUUAACGGCUGUUGUGCAGAGGAUUGCUCCAUGGAGCAGAGCUAAUGAGCACUUCCAAUGGAACAUCAAUAAACCGGACAGAGGAUGCCAGAUGGGUAUUUGGACAACAAACCAUUUUCACAUCCACGUACGUGCGUAUGUGUGUUAGGGCUUUGAUUUUGAGGGAUGUCUGGUUUCCACCCCAAAUUCCCUCAUUCCUGAGCUGUUAACACGAGUGGAAUUUAAACCAAAAGCAAGACUGGGGUCUUGUGUGUUAAACACCAUAAAAAUACUAGGGAAUGUGUGUUAGAAAUUAUUUUUAACUCCUUGUUCCUGUUAAGUGUCAAAUAUCUAUUUAUUUAAGAGUGAAUAAUGAAAUAAACCUCACAAGAAAAAGA